AUGACGUUAGAUAGCGAUAAUGAGUUUGACUACGAUUUCUCUGUCGAAGAGGAGGAAUUGCUGUUGCAGUUGGCCUCUGGAAAUAACAACAACAUUGCCCCUCAGAACAAUGCGAGAUUGGCAGCCAUAGACGCUGUACCUGGAAGAACCGAUUAUUCAUUCGAACAAGAUGAUGUCCUCGCAGCGGGGAAUACGUCAAGUUAUACCUUGGGUCCUACUCAAACAGGACGGGCGAGCGACCUUUAUAGAGGGCAAGCGUUUAACCAACGUGAAGCAUCUUCUGGCCUGCCAACGCCACCUGCCGCUUCUUCUUCAAUCGAGGACGUACUCUACCCGGAUUUGAGCAAAGCCUUAAACCAAUUAAAUUCUAUAUCACCUCGAUCACCUCGAUCAGAAUCGACUGUCACUGCAGGACGUGCAUCUGAAACCAAUCGGGACGCCUCGUAUGAAGACGACCGUUCGCCUCUACAACGGUUUAGAUCUUAUCCCAAGAAACCGCUGACCGUGACCGAUCUCACUUCUGGCGCCUGGUGUGAGUUGCAAUACUGGUAUACUCUCACUCGACUGCCCGGGGGCAGGAGGACGAGGACAACGGCCAUGAAGCAAGGUUCCAAAAUCCACAAAAAGCUCGAGGACGAAGUUCAUACCACUGUCAAGAUUGAUAUCAUGACGAAAGAGGACGCAUUUGGACUCAAGUUAUGGAAUCUAGUGCAAGGGCUGAGAACCUUGCGUGAUACGGGACUUACUCGUGAACUGGAAGUAUGGGGAAUUGUUGACGAGAACCUCGUCAACGGAGUCAUCGAUAGUGUGAGCUACGAGAAUCCCAACCCUGAAUUCGAGGCAGAGCUCUUUAGCCAAGAGUCAAAAAAAGGAAAACAGCAAUCCUCUUUGGCCGACUACUUUCCACCCAAAAAUGGUGGUGCCGCCCAUUCGGGACCCAAGAUCUAUCUUGCAGAUGUCAAGACGCGUGGAUCCUAUUCUGCAGUUUCACCCGCCCAAAUACGACCCGCAAAGAUCCAAUUGCUUCUGUACCAUCGAUUCUUGUCCGAUAUGGCUGCUGGUAAAUUGGAUUUCUUCAAGGUCUUCCGGCGAUACGGGCUCAACCCAGAAGAUGCCUUCUCAGACACCUUCAUUGCACAAAUAGGCGGUUUACACGACGAGAUCUUUGUGGAUGCGUCAGAGACUGAGACCAAUUUAACCCAAGAGCACCCAUCUUCUAGCUUUCAGAGCUCUUCUUCGGCUGGUCCCGAUCUACUCCAGUACCGAACAUUACGGGAACUGGUCCCUCUUGUUCAGCAAGAAAUAGACCUUACCUUCCCUCACGGCGAGCACUCUAUGGGCCAUAUGCUUCGGGUCCAAUAUGUUCACCGCAGUGACGGUCAUGAAAUCGACCUUCAUGACUUUCCUGUUUCCCGACAAGCCUUAGAGACAUACCUCGUCAAGUAUAUGGAGUGGUGGAAGGGCAAGCGCGAGGCCAAAGGCGUCGACAUAGAAGAGGCUUUCAAAUGCGGAACAUGCGAAUUUGUUUCCGACUGUUCAUGGCGGCAAAGCAUGGAUGAAGAGAUGUUGCAGAAAGCCAGGACCCAGCAGAAGAAACGGGCAACACGUCGAGUGAGCGCCAACGCUGCCUGA